AUGAAUAGGACGGGCACAGUGAUUGAUGAAGUUUUACGUCACCAAGUGAAGGAGGAGUUUACCAAAGUUCACAGUCAAGAAGACGAAGCUGGCCAGUACAAAAUCCUACAGUGUCUACAGAAAAGAGAGCUCAUCACGGUUGUGCACAUUGACGAAGAGGAAACCACGCUGGUUAAUGCAGUCAUACAGGCACUGCUAAAAAGUAAAUCCGUCCCUGAAGUGCUGCAGAUCCUGGACUACUAUAUGCCUGCAAGGCUGUUUGACGGGGAAGGGGCUGCUGCGGCAGCUCUCAACAUCAAAGAAAAGCGGAAACAUCUCAGUGAGACAACAGGCAUGUUCCUGGUUCAAGCGAUGCUGAUGGACCAGGCUGAGAGUGUGCAGUUCAUUAUAGACUAUAACGGUGUGGACCUUACAGCAUUCUUCACUGACGCUGUGAUUUCACACUUGUGUAAAGUGACACACUGUUCACAACCACUGGAAACCACAUACAACCUGUUCCGUCUCUCCACUGCUGCGUCUUGUGGACCCAAGGAGGACGUAUUUCGACGUUUAAUGAUAUGGGCCGUGAGGACAGAUCGACUGAAAUGUGCUGCAUUGUUCUGGAAGAAAGGAACCCACCUGCUGACAUCGUCCCUACUGGCGGCAUCAGUCCUCAGGUCAAGGAUGGAAGAUGAAGAAAAUAUUGGCCGUAAAAAAACUCUAGAAGCACAGGCAAUAUUGUUUCAGAACAGAGCAAUCGGCCUCAUAAAUAAAUGUUAUGACGACAACAAAGAACGGACUAUAGAUCUGAUACAGUCCCAGCUAGCAGGCAACAUAUGGCAGGAAGAUCUGCUAAGAUGCUCUUUGGCUACUGACAACCGCAGAAUAUUCGCCGAAGAAGGUUACAGGAAGUACACUGAACGUGUGUGGUUGGGAAAAGUUAACCCACCCAUGCAGGGUACUUACAAAACACCUAAAAAGCUGAAUAUCAAAGAGGAUGAAGCUUUCUGUGCUCGCUUAAGACGGCUUGCGAUAGCACCAAUAACAACAUACAGUUUGAACCUGCUGUUCUACGUUUGGUUCCUGGGUAUCUUCGGUCACACCUUACUAUUUGAAAUGAAGAAAGAAUUUUCAGUUCUCGAAGGCAUAUUGGCCGGGUGGUGGUUCACGUUUGUUUGGGAGGAGAUCAGACAGAUUGUGAAAACCAAGACGGCUGAACAACCCAAGUUUUGCAGGGACAGAUGCCAGUGCUACUGUACGUGGAAACUGAAGGCGUAUUUCUUUGAUAACUACUGGAAUAUACUGGACUGUGUUUCUCUUGUGUUCUUCCUGGUGGGUGCUAUUCUGAUGACCAUCGUCCAUCUGGACACCACUAGGAGUGAUGUGUAUGAAGCUGCUAGAGUCAUACUGAGUCUGGACAUCAUGUUCUUUACCUGGAGAAUACUGCAACAUCUGGCCAUAUUCAGCAUUAUGGGUCCUGUUCUUGAAAUGAUCUUCCAAAUGAUCAAGGACCUAUUUCCGUUCCUGGUGAUAAUGUCGGUUUUCAUCAUAUCGCACGGUCUGGCUGCACACGCGCUUCUAUAUCCUAACCGUGAUUGGUCACCCGAAGCUCUGAUUGACGUACCUAAAAGUGCAUUUUGGAACCUAUUUGGAGAAUUAGGAUUGGAUGAAAUUGAAGCCAGUGAAACCCAGGAUGCGUGUUCGUCUGACCCACUUCUUUUUGAAAACGACACAAAGGAUGAAUGUCCAUCCACCCUGGGGAAAUACACAGUUCCAUUUCUUCUGGCCCUGCACAUGCUUCUCCUGAAUGUACUCCUCCUCAACAUCCUGAUAGCAAGAUUCAGUUUCACCUUUCAAAUGGUCCACGAUCAGACCAAAUGGCUGGCAGCGUGGCAAAAGGCCAAAGUAAUACUGGAGUAUUAUAGCAAACCCCCACUACCCCCUCCUUUCAACGUCUUCUUUGACGUUGGCUACUUUCUCUAUGCGCGUCGCAAGAAAGCGCGAGUGGCACCAAAAGAGGACAAGUAUCCGAAUGAAGAGAUGGAUUCCUGGGAGAGGUCCAUGGGAGAGUACUACCUGGCCACUGAUGAAUUGAAGUCAGGAAGCGAGCGGAUAUCUCCAGUCGGAGACAAAUCCGACAACAAAGAAGCCAUGGUAAAAACGAUCACAGCUAUUCGUGAACCGCCAAGAUCAGAAGAGGUAGUGUCAUCAGAUAACAGAACGGAUAUAUCAAAGGUUGAAGAUCUUGUUGGUGCACUGAGUACACAGAUACAGAACAUGAAGUCUGAUCUGAAGAAAACAAUAGCUGCAGAAGUUGGUAAAGAGAUGAAACUAUUCCGGGAACAAUAUGGAUCUGGCAGUGCCAGGACGUCCACAAAAGCCGUGUCCGACAGUCGUGUUCUAACGCUGGAUGAUUCUGGUGGUGAAGAGGAAAAUGCAUAAGUGUAUGGUUCUAUGGUUCAUCCUGGAGAGUGGAAACGUACCCUGAAGAGUGGAGACGUACCCUGAAGAGUGGAAACGUACUAUUAUAUGUAUUAAACGUAAUAUUAGUUGUAACUGGAACGAUGCCUGUUUGUGUAAAGCCAUACUGGGAACAGACCCAGGCAAACCCAUUCCUACAACCUAUUUAACAUGUAUCUACAUCUGUGGUUCAUCACGAAUACAAAUGUCGUUGAAGUUUCUUAACCUCAUUCUACCACAUCAAAAGGUAAUGUGUUUCCACACAUACACAGGGAUUGACACAUGUUAAUCUUUUUGACGAAUACAAUAGAUAGAAAUGGACUAUAAACAUGAAUUUGUACCCUGUGGCAACAUACUCGCAUUGCAAGUGGUUUCUAUUUCUGUAAGUAAUUAUUAUCGAUUUCUUGUAACUGUAAUAGUAUUUUCCAAUUAUCAACUUUUUAUACAGAUUACUAGUAUAUAGACCAACAAAGCGUUAAAUGGAUGAUUUUCCCGUUUAAUACUUGAUAUAUUCAAUGUCAGUGACACCUAGUUCAUAAAGAUUACGGGGCGGUGGGGUAGCCUAGUGGUUAAAGCGUUGGCUCGUCACGCCGAAGACCCGGGUUCGAAUCCCAACAUGGGUACAAUGUGUGAAGCCCAUUUCUGGUGUCCCCCGCCGUGAUGUUGCUGGAAUAUUGCUAAAAGCGGCGUAAAACCAAACUCAGUCAGUCAGUCAGUCCUAAAGAUUACGUUUUUGUUUAUCUAAAUGUAUAUCAGUCACAAUCCAAUGUUGAUGUAACUACUCACACAUGUUGUAUAUUAUGUUUAUGAUAUGUUUCGACACCAUAUCCUCAUUUGAAGCUCUUCCAUACUGAUAUAAACAUAUAAAAACUAAAAGUAAUGUCAUCCGAGGUUUAGUAGAAAAACGAAUGUAUGAAAUGUUGAAUGUCAGGGUCCUAACCAAAGUCUUAUAUUUCUAUAAGUGUUUAUCAAACACCUCAAUGUCAUUAAAUGAUAUAUUAGAGAGAUAUAUAGAUCCAUACGCAUUUGCACAAAAGUGAUCUAUAUUCCAAUUUUUUUCUUGUUUGUUCUUUUUGCAUUUGCUUUUGAAAAGUAUUUCAACACCUUUUGCAUUAGAUUCAAUUGGUUUGGUGCAAAUGUAGUUCAAAGAACCCAUUCAUCAAAUGGAGAUUUUACAUGCCCUCCCUGUAUCAUCGUCAGGGCGAUAUGUAUAUAUAUAUGUUAAACGUAGUCGAAUUUGCAAUUCUUUAUAAAUCGGCUACAUGUAUUAUUAAAUAACAGUAAACAGUACACAGUAUUAAACCAAACUUAUGGAGA